GUACCGCGGAAUAUCUAUGCAACAACAGCAGAAUAUUGCCGACUGCUAUGUGCGAAUGUCUCGCGUGGCUCUGGACUUCUUCCGAGAAUAUGAGCGCAACAUGUUCUUGCGAAAUGUUGUCGUAUACGACGAGCGACUGAAUCUGAACCCAAACAGUUUCCAACUGCGACCAGUCUACCACCCGCCUGAUCCAGCUGCCUACGAGGCUGAAAUUAUGAACAGUAAUUAUGACACUAUGGGAGGAGAUGACUUCACCUAUGAUGUUAAUGACAACAACAAUAAUGAUAACUAUAUGAAUACCAACAAUAAUGACAACACCAAUAACAACAACGAUGCCUAUGACUUCGGAGGUGGAAAUGAAUAUGGAGCUGACACUGAGUAUGGAGGCGAGAGUGAGGAAACAGUUUCUCGACAACGUAGAGAGUACUUUGACUAUCUGCAGCAGAGGAUUACGUGCCCGGAGGUGCAUGUACUGAAUACUGGCAACCGAGUGUGGAGUCUGAUGGAUUUGGAGUGGAUGCAGCCAGAGGAGUUGUCCAGGUGUAUCUUCUAUUUCGGAAAUAAUCCCAACAUGACAUUCCAGCAACGAACCAUUCUAAAGGACAAGAUCGCAAUGUUGGUGGGUGGUUUUGGAAACAUCCCCGCAGAAUACCUGAUCCAGAUGGGAUCCAUUGCACUGACCAUGCGUGAGUGGGAGCUGCGGGCUUUGAAGAUAGCUGACCCCCAGGUGAUGUACUUUGUGGGGGAGUGGAAUUGGGCCAAGUGGCAGAGAGUCACACUCUACUUGAUGAUCCGAAAAAGUUAUAAGCUCUUCCCCGCUGGCAUGGAGACAUGGGAUAUCAAGUCAUUGGGAGAGUUCGUCUGUGGUAUGCGUCCUGUGGAUUUGGCGAGAUUCUACACAGAAACCUACUAUUUGUUAGCAUUCUUCUUCGCGGAGCUGUCGACGUGUAACUACAAGCAGCUCAAAAUGAUCUUACCCAAAGCCAAGUCCACGGCAUCUUUUGGACCUGUGAGUGGAUGGACUGACGCAGAGAUCCUGGCCAUAGGAUCCCCUCUGGCUGCCCUGUCGGUGUCCGAGUUUGAUUCGUUGACCCCGUCGAAGAGCAGUCAUGGAAACAGAGUUGCAGCCAUCGCCCCCCAUGUCAUUCCCAUCAUACCGCCCUCCACUCUGAAAAAACUCCGAGUAGAGUUUUUCCAGAGCAUGACCAUUGAACAAGUCAUAGCCAUGAAACCCGUGCAGUGGGGCGCACUAAACGAUGGCCAGGCAUUCGCGGCUAUGGACAUCUGGUUCGGAUUCGAUAACUGGCCUAUGUCUUUUCUGAGAGACCUACAAGCGGCAUCAUCGCUGAAUAUUCAGCCUCUUAAGUCACUUGUCUUAAGUCUAUCCCUUUUUACAUCUCUGUACCGCUUUUUGUAAAUAGAACGAUCAUAAAAAACUUUGCUAAGGAUCCAAUACUUUUCGUUGAAUUUGAGUCAACUUUUAAUAUACUUAACCAGAUUUUUAGUUUUUGUGUAAAUUCGUCGUGUUUUACAAGCGUAACCUCAUUGGCCUUUCAUCAUAUGCUGAAAUAGUUUUGAUACCAUUCAUUCUCUAUUCUAAUCUUUCCGUUUAAAGUUUUAAUGUAAAUCUGCGAACGAAUUUUAAUUUCUAGAAACGAAUACAAUUUGAUAAAUUAUGAUUCACUGUUGAAGCUUUGUCAGUUUUGGUUUGGUAAAAACAUGCUCUUUCAUGUGUUUAUUAUCUGCAUUGUUAGUUGCUUUGCAGUGUACAUAAAAUUUGUUAUAGUCUCAAUUUCUUGAACAAAUGGCGUGACUUUACUUCUGAAGUUUUUCGCGCUUGCGGCUACAUCAGUUUUGUUGCACAAGUUAUUCUCACAUAUCAUCUCAAAAUAAUGCCAAUGAAAUGUCUACAGUAGAUUAUCCUGCUGUAUUGUUUAAAUUAGUCGACAUAAAUAGCAUUAAUGAAUGAACUUUUUGUAAUGUUGUGAUAUAAUUAAAUUUGUUAAAA